AUGAAAAAAAUGGCAAAAGCCCCCCUGAGCCGCAAGUUCAAGUGCGGACGUGACGUCCCCGCGAACUUGAACCCAGAGGCGCGGGGGGGAGGGGGGCGCUGGGCAAGCUGCCCUCGGGAGGGGCGGGGGGUAGACCGAAGGAAGCCAGCCAAGAGCGGGGACCACCCAAAAGGAAGGGGGACCCAUCCGGAGCCGGCGUCCCCACUCGCCCCCCUCCCCCCCAACCUCCGCGCCGCGGAAUCCCCUCCUCCCGGGAGCCGCGGCCUGGCCCCGAGGGACGACGGCGGCGGCCCCGCGGAGAGCCGAGGGGCGGCGGGGGCCUGGCCCGGCCUGAGGCAAACUUCGGCGGGGAGCGGCGUGCCGGCAGCCAGCCGCCUGCCCCGGAGCGGGGAGGGGGUGGGGGUGGCGGGAGGAGUUCCGCGAGCGGAGAAGCGGGAGGAGAAGGCGCGGGAGAGGAGGGAGCGGGGACACCGUCGCCUAGCCCCUCCGAGCCCAGCCCGCGGCAGCGAGCGGCGGCGCGGGGCAGCGGCUGCAGCUGGGAGAUGCGCAGCGCCGGCCACAAGUUCCCCGCCGCGCACCCGCGGCCGCCACCGGCACGGGGAGGGCUCAGGUUGCAGCAGGAACGGGCUUGGGAGCCGGGCGUGCCCGCACCGCCAGGCCGAGAGUACCCGCGCGCGGCACGGAGACGAAGCCGGAGAACGGAGGUGGCGGCUCGGACGGAGCGCAGGAGCGGCGCGGGGACCUGUUGACCGAGCGAGGCCAGCCCGUGCCGGAGCGGGACCCCGAGCCGAGGGCAGCCCGCCGCCGAGCCGAGCCGAGCCGAGCCGGGAGCGGCGGGCAGCGAGGGGUCCGAUCGGCGCGAGGCGGGGAGGAGGCGCGGCGCCGGGGGAGCUCCAGGUGCUGCGCUCACGCUGCCCACAGGGCGGGCGACCGUGUCCGUGCGGCCAUGUGCUCCGUGCGGAGCGCACAUAAAUAAGCGGGUGUGUGCGGCACAGAUGUGAGCUUUCGGUGAAUACGACGAGACUGCUUGUUUUCCCCCGCAAUGAUCACUGCGUUUCUCAAGCAGUUUGCACCUACUUACGGACCUCGCAUCUUCAGCCUUGGAUCUUAAAGGAACUGAUAACUCCUCUUCCAGAAAACUGUUCGGUAACAGGUUUCCUGCCCCGGGCUUUACAAGGAUCGCUCUUGUCUCAGAGCCACCGUGUACGUACGAUUCUUUUUUUCACGGAUUUUGGUGGGGUUUUUUUUUGUUUUUUUUUUGUUUUGUUUUUUGUUUUUUGUUUUUUUUUUUUGCGGGGGGUGGGGGAGGGCGUUAUAUAUUUUUCUGUUACCUUUUCUGCCUGUGAAGUAAUCAGGGAGAACGGCGGGAGGCUCCAUAAAUAUGCAAAUUGGCGCCAGAUAACUGGUUUCGCUGGUUCCGCCUUGGGACUCCCGCCGGGCGGCUCCGCGGGGGAGAUUGUCGCCCCCGGCCCCACGACCCGCCCCCUCUCCCCCCUCCCCGCGCCGGGCACCGCUCUCCGAGCGCGGUCCUUCCCCUCUCCCCGCCGCUGCCGCAGCUCUUCGACGCGUGCCCGCGCCUUCCAGCUCCCUGGCAGCGUCCCGAAGGAGCACCGCGUCUCGUGGCUGCUGGGUGUCACGGGGCAAAAAGUGCGGUAGGCUGAACCGUGCUCGGGCCCUUAUCCUUUCUAACUCGGCAUCCGAAGGAUUAAAAGCAGUAACUGGCUUCCGAAUUGUAAAAUGUUAAAAUGAAAGUUUGAUUCGUGGUUAAACACUCGCGGGAGCGCAUCCUUUGUGGAUUCUGAUUUGACUCUGCUGUUAAACCGACAUCGGUACUGCGCUGACGCUUUAAUUAAUAAAAGUGGUUAGAGUCCUCUC